CUAUUAAACUUAUACAAGCUUCAGUUUGAAUUAACCUCUAAGAUUGUAAACAAUAUUAUCGAACUAGAACAAAAUGAAAAGUUUUAUUAAAUAUCCUAAGUAUAGUGAUUUUCCAAUUGAAAAUUUACCUUACGGUGUAUUUUCUAUUGAAUCUGAUACUGUUCCAAAAAUUGGCGUUGCUAUAGGAGAUUUAAUACUUAAUUUGAAUGAAAUUUCACAUUUGUUUCAAGGUCCACAGUUGAAAAAAAAACAAUAUGUUUUUAAAGAGAGUUCUUUAAAUGCGUUUAUGGGCUUAGGACAGCCUGCAUGGAAAGAAGCUAGAGAAACCAUUCAGAAACUUUUAUCAGAAAAUGAACCAUUAUUAAGAGACAAUGCUCAACUUAGAGAAAAGGCAUUUGUACCCCAAUCAAAAGCUACUAUGCACCUGCCCGCUAAAAUUGGGGAUUAUACAGAUUUUUAUUCUUCAAUACAUCAUGCCACAAAUGUGGGAGUUAUGUUUAGGGAUAAAAAUAAUGCCCUCAUGCCAAACUGGAAGUAUUUACCAGUGGGGUACCAUGGAAGAGCUAGUUCAGUUGUCAUAUCUGGAACUCCAAUAUAUAGACCUCAUGGACAAACAUUAGCUAUAGAGGGUGCUCCGCCUGUUUUUGGUCCUUGUAAAUUGAUGGAUUUCGAAUUAGAAAUGGCAUUCUUUGUUGGAACACCUAAUAACCUCGGUGAACCGAUAUCAAUUUCAAACGCACACAAGCAUAUUUUUGGAUUUGUAAUCAUGAACGAUUGGAGUGCAAGAGAUAUACAGAAAUGGGAAUAUGUGCCAUUAGGACCCUUUACUGCCAAAAAUCUUGGUACAACUAUAUCACCAUGGGUAGUCACUACGUUAGCCCUAGAGCCCUUUAUAUGUGAAAACUUUCCUCAAGAUCCAGAACCUUUUCCAUAUCUAAAGCAUUCUGAUAAAUUUAAUUUUGACAUAAAUCUUCAAGUUGAUAUAACUCCAAAAGAUUCCAAUGUGUCAACAACUGUGUGUCGCUCGAAUUUCAAAUAUUUGUACUGGACAGUUAAACAGCAAUUGGUUCACCACACAAUCACUGGAUGUAAUGUUAACCCAGGAGAUUUAAUGGGCAGUGGUACAAUUAGUGGAGAUGCGUCUGAUUCUUUUGGUUCACUUCUUGAACUAUCAUGGAAAGGAACAAAACCAAUAUCGCUAAAUGACGGAACACAAAGAAAAUUCUUACAGGAUGGCGAUACUGUAACAAUGAGAGCAUUUUGUGAAGGAGAUGAUUACAAUAUCGGGUUUGGAGUUUGCGCUGGACAACUUUUACCCGCCAAAAAAUUAGCAUUUUAAGAAAAAGUUACAUAUAUCCGGCGAUUACGAGUUAUAAUAAUGUUCAGUUUGCACAAAUUAAAAUAAAAUAUACUAUAGAUUA